AUGACCGGCGAGGCGUCUUCUUCACGCAGCCGCACCGACUCGCUCUCGUCGCAUCACCACGACUUGCAUGUUUCCCGCAGCACCAUUGUCGACGAAAUUGCACUUCAAAAGCAACAAAACGCUCACUCCCAAGGCGGCGUUGUCACGCCUACAGCACCAACGCAGAUGCAUCCUGCUACAUCUGAACACACCCAGCGCGCUACCGGUGACAAUGCCGAGAGAGACCUGGAAAAGGUUCCACAGGCUGAUCCGUCAACGCUGGCAGAGCAAGCGAGCGACGAGGUGAUCUGGGUCGACUUCCCGCCCGAUGACCCCGAAAACCCGUUCAACUUCAGCCGCACACGCAAAUGGUGCAUCACCAUCCUCGGCGUCCUCUUCACCGCCGAAGUCGCCGCCACCGCCUCGGCCUACGUGCCCGGCAUUGCGUCUAUGGAGCGCGACCUGCACAUCACCAACCACGAACUCAGUCUGCUCGGCAUCGCCAUCUACCCGCUCGGGUUUGCGCUGCCUCCCUUGGUCCUUGCGCCGCUGAGCGAGGUGUUUGGGCGCAACCCGAUGUAUCUGGUGUGUCACCUGUGCUAUACCGUGCUGUUUGUGGGGUUGGGGCGGGCGAACAAUACGGCGACGGUGAUCGUAUUGCGGUUCUUGCAGGGUGCGUUUGGGAGCACGGGGAGCACGAUGGUGGGUGGAACUAUCUCGGAUAUUUGGUCGAGUAGCGAGAGGGGCCAGCCGAUGGCACUGUUUGCAACGGGCGCGAUCUUUGGUACUGGUAUCGGGCCGGUAUGGGCCGGGUGGGUCGAGCAGCGGCAGAGCCUCGGGUGGCGCUGGAUUCAGUACAUUCAGGCGAUCUACACAGGGUUUAUCCUGCUCCUGCUGCUGUUAUUUUUGCGCGAGACAAGGGGGAGCAUUAUCCUGACGCGCAGGGCGGCCAAGAUGCGCAAGACGACGGGCGACCCGCGGUACAAGGCACGGGCGGAGCUCGAGCGCGCAUCGGUGAGCGUGCUGAUCAAGAACUCGCUUACCCGUCCGCUGCUGUUCUUGAUCAAAGAGCCGAUCGUGACGUUCUUCUCGCUCUGGAUUGCCUUCGCGUGGGGGUUCAUGUACAUGCUGCUCAGUUCGAUUGGGCUCAUCACCGCGCAGCAUAGGUACACGCCAGGACAGAAUGGAUUGGUGUUCUUGUCCAUCGCAUGCGCGGGUAUUUUGGGUAAUCUUCUCAACCCACUUCAGGAACGACUCUACCGCAAGUAUUACCCCACACGCGGCCCGGAGGCGAGACUCUAUUUCGCCUGCAUCAGCGCCGUCCUGUUCCCCAUCGGCUGCUUUAUCUAUGCCUGGACCAGCUUCCCGCACACGUCGAUGGCCGGCCCCAUCGUCGGUGUCGUCGUGCUGAUGGUUUCACUCUACUACAUCUACCUCAGUGUGUUCAACUAUCUGGCCGACUCGUAUCUGACCUAUGCGAGCUCCGCGCUGGCCGCACAGAGCUUCGCGAGGAACAUCUUCGGCUUCAUCUUCCCGCUCUUUGCCGAGAAAAUGUACCACAGGCUGGGCUACCAGUGGGCGAGCACGCUGUCGGCGCUGCUCGGCGCCGUGCUCGGCGUUGUACCCUUCAUUCUGUUCUUCUAUGGCAAGAAGAUCCGAGCAAAGAGCAAGAUCAGCCAGGCGCUGCAGAGGCAGGCCGAGGAACAGGCGAGGCGCGACAAGUCGUAG